ACCCCCCCUUUUAAAACUGUAAACGUGUGUUUAGGUCAUCGCCGUGGAGGCUGAACAGUUUAAAUGUCGCUUAAGGAUGUGCUGACUCCCCCAAAAUGACGGCGAGUUUGUCGUAUUGACCAGCAAUUCAGUGUUUACGUCUCUCUGCCGAGGAUGAACGUCUUCCUGAUGUUGAAGCCCAGCGGUCACAGUGAGAAGUAUGGGGUUGUGGCAGAGGCAGAGGCAGAGGCAGAGAGAAACUGACACGUGGAUCUUUUACAUCCCAUCAGGCAUCAGGAAACACAAGCAACUGCCACAGAUAACUCAUUUACGCCACGCACAUACUCAUACCUGACUCGGUUAUGGAGUGAUACGGAGGGGAAACUCGCAUAGAACGUAUUUGACAUACUUCAAGUAUAUCUUUUUUUUGCUUUUGGACAGUAAAAGACGAACUCCGGGACUCAAGGAAGAGACAAAACGCGAAAACAUCGCAAGAAGGGGAGCGGCCUUUACGUUGAAUGGCAGUAUUUCAAAAAUAUGACAAGAACCACGGUCCAGAGUUGGUCUGUAACAAGGAGAACAGUCCGCAUGACAAUGUCGGAGCUGACGGAUGUCACAAGAAGGGGCACGAACAAAACAAAAACUGGUCCAGGCCAAUCGGGAGAAUAUGGACAUUGGUUCUACUGCUUGGGACAUGCCUUCUGUACUGUACCCGAGUGGCAAUGCCCAUCUGUGCUGUCAGCAUGGCCAAGCAGUUUUCCUGGACGAAGACAGAAUCGGGCAUGGUGCUAGGCAGUUUUUUCUGGGGCUACUGCUUCACCCAAGUGUUGGGAGGUUAUGUCAGUGACAGGGUGGGAGGUGAAAAGGUCCUUGUUCUGGCUGCAGCAGCCUGGGGGUCAAUGACAAUCUUCACACCUGUCCUGGCUUAUCUUUGGUCCCAGCCAAUCCUGUCCAUGACUCUGGCACGCUUUCUAAUGGGCCUGUUGCAAGGGGUGCAUUACCCUUCCCUUGCAAGUCUUUGCUCUCAAAAGGUGGUGGCAAGCGAAAGAGGCUUCCUCAUGAGCACUGUAGGCAGUGGGUCCUACUUGGGCACUCUAGUGAUUGGAGGCGCUGGUUCCCUUAUGUUGGACAUAUAUGGCUGGGAGAGUGUUUUCUACGUAUCUGGUCUCUUCUCAGUGAUGUGGGCCUACUUCUUGUGGAAAUAUCUAUUAAAAGGAGAAAGGCCCAUCAUCACCCUCGAGUCCCUGGGAAGGAGUGGUUCUCGCUCUAAAUUGUCUAGGAGACAUUGGUUGCAGCUUUUUAAACAACCGGCAGUCUGUGCUGUGAUUGUGACACACCUUUGCACUGCAAGUACUUUCUUCACCCUGUUGUCGUGGCUGCCCACAUUCUUCAAAGAAUCUUUCCCUGAAGCCAAGGGUUGGGUGUUCAAUGUCAUUCCCUGGUUAGUGGCCAUACCUUCCUCUCUCUUUAGUGGCUGCCUGUCUGACCAUCUCAUCAGUCAAGGAUUUGAUACAGCAUCUGUGAGGAAACUGAUGCAGUUUUUCUCCAUGGGUGUGUCCAGUAUAUUUACAAUUCUUCUGUGUGGCAAAAUCACUUUCCAUUGGGCUGUAGCAUUUGUGUCUGCCACCAUGGGCUUCACCACCUUCAGUCACAGUGGAGUCUCUGUAAACGUUCAAGAUCUAGCGCCAUCCUGUGCUGGGGCUUUAUUUGGUGUCAUGAACACAUGUGGUGCCUUUUCAGGGGUCUUAAUGGUGUAUUUCUCAGGGUAUCUCAUCGAGGCUACAGGCUCAUGGGCGUCUGUCUUUGCUCAAGUCACUGUGGUCAACCUGAUAGGCCUCUGCACCUUCUUGGCUUUUGCCGAAGCCAGACGGAUCGACAUUGACUGCGUUAAGGUCAGUCACAACAACAUUCAUAUCUGAAGCAGGAGCCUCACAUGGACCAGAACCGUGGACAAGGACAACCAGCAGCUUGGAAACAACCAACCGGUAAAAAUGUCAGGCGAUGUUGGCGACUGCAAGUCUGCAUGUAAUCCCUACAAAACACUGGUUCAGUGUGUUUCUGUCUCUGAACAGUUACUGAAACAAAAACAUGGACAAGCACAUGAUAGAUCCUGUAAAAAUGUCUCAAAUAUAUUAAUAUUUUUAUAAUGAUAAUUGUUAUUAUUAUUAUUAUUAUUAUUACAUUUGAAGUCAAAAGGAGAUUAGUCAUAAUAGACAAAGUAUUUAUAUCAAUGAAUGAAUAAGGGUGAUGGGAAAAAUAGUCAUUAUGAGAUCAUGAGGCUAAAUGUGGAUCAGCCUUCGCAUGAUAUUAUUAAAGACGGCUUGUAAGAAAAUAAUACAUGUGAAACGCAAAUGUUAUUGUCUAGGGAUGACUGGAUACAACUUUGGGGCAGUGGUGGCUUAAUGGUUAAGGAAGCGGACCUGGGUCUGGAAGGAUUUAGGUUCGAGUUCCCAGUUACCACUGAGGUGCUCUGAGCAUGGCACCGUCCCCACACACUGUUCACUUUGGUGAUGGGUUAAAAGCAGAGGUCACAUUUGGUUGUGUGCUGUGUCACAAUGACAAGUAGUUUACUUCCCUUUGCUUUCCUUUCCUUUGGUAUGUCUGAUCCCGACACUGCAACUUGGAGUAUCUGCCGAUGACUGAUAUGAAUCCAAUACCGUCUGUUCUCCUCCAGCAUACUGCUGUUGCUGAGACGAUAGUGUCCCUGUUUAUGGCAUUUUCUGCAAUGUUAAGUUGGGCCUGGGUAUCGGAUCAGAUGGGCUAUGGUUUCUCUUUAUGUAUUUUCAAUGUUUGAAUUUUCGUAUCGGAUCGAGCUAUCCCUAUAUAUCACCUCAAAGAAAAAUGUUUCUGAGAAAAAAAGCUUUAAGUAGCUAUAUUUUUGACAUUUUAACUAUGAAAUGAGUGAGAUUUUUUCUUUACCAUUAUUUUUUUAAAUACAGUGUAAAGGUCUAGAAGGGGAACACAUUAAUUAUUUUGUUUACCCCAUAUAUUUAAUGCCAUUUUUUUUCAAGAAAAAAUAUUUACUAUGUCAAAAGAAAAAGACUGUUUGUUAGUAGGCUUACAAUCAAAUGAAUUGCAGAACUUGGAAUCUUGUUAAAUUAUAAUGAAAUAUAUUUAAUAAUAAAUAAAAUAUUCUUUUCCUAA